CAGGCUUACUUUCGAUUUAAUUUCGAGUUUCAUCUUGAAUCGAUUAACAAGCAUGUCGUUCGUAGAAAGAUGUAAUACCAGACCACGGAGCGUAUGACCCGAGAGAACAUUCAAGUCUUUUAUAAGUUUACUAAAUGAACGGUCUAGAAUACAAACUCUACUUAGCUUAGUGCAAGAUGGAAUACGACGACUGGUUGUUCGAUUCAAUUCGCAGGUAUGACAGACUAUCCAUGUUUGAUAUUAAGCACACGGUAACAGCAGCAGAUUGGGUUGAUGGCAAGGGCCUGUUGGUUGCUACGGAGACUGCUUUCAAAGACAAGUUUGAAUUGAUGGAACUCCAUCUACCAGAUAAAAUCACUGAUAAUGAAAAUUCACUCAAGAAGGGAUGUGACUUCCAUGUGCGCUCAGGAGGUUUUUCAGCCAUCAUGAUCGACUGUCUGAGACACAUUCCACGUACCAGGAGGUGUUUGGUUUCAACCAGUGACACUUCUGCCAUACAACUGUGGGAGCUAGGCAACGAUACAACCAACCUUAUACAACCACUCCAAGACAAGUCUGUAUGCCCCUCCCUGCAUAGCACAGGGGAUAGCAUUGCUGGGUCAUCCAAGAUCUCAAAUGUCUGCGGACAGUCUGUUGCUUUUGGAGCUUCGUCAGACCUCGUUGUCAUUGCUGAUGUUGAAAUGUGCAAGAAUGUGCAAGAAAUUGUGUUACCAGAUAAGCCUGGGGAUCAGACACACAGAAUCAGUGACUUGUACAUGAUUGAUUGUUCAACACUUCUGUGUUGCACUUCUAGCGGCAACCUGUUUAAAUAUGACACCCGUUCCCCUCAAACUGCUGUUUGUGCUUGGCAAUCCAGAAAUAGUAACACUCUUUGGAGGAUGGCAAACGCAGACAGUGGCAAUCUUGUAAUGCUCGCUUCAACGGAAUAUGACGUGUUUUGUGUCAGUGCCGGGGACUUUGAAAAUUGGAUGCAGAUUGACAUAUGUGAUUCAGAACAAAUAUUGAAAAACAUCCAUAUGGCUAAGCAAUUCUGUAUUCAGUGCAGAGGUGAUGGCAAGCAGUUUUCCUUAUCAGGCUUCAAUGGCAAUGUUUAUGUCUACAAAGUUCCAAAGUCUCAAGGAAGUCGGACCUGUCAGUCAGUGAAGACAGAAUUUGUUCACGAUGGCCACAUGAUGAACUCUAGCAGCCAAUCAGAAGACAUCAGUGUGGUAAAACACAUGUGGUUGCCAGGGAAGCAGAUUGUUGUGUCCAUGGCAACAGAUGGGUCAUUGCAUGCAUGGCAACAUCGACCACAUUCAAAAUGAACAUAUGUAGUCAAGGAGAGUUGUAAAUCUCCAUAAUGUUGUAUUGUUUGUUUGUAUAGGUCCCUGCAUUGUCGUUGUGUAAAGGUUUGUAAUAUUAAUGUAUAUAGUCAAAUGACUUAAUUACAGCACACGCGUGACGUUAUAUAUUUAAUAUCAUUCUAAUUAAGCUUAACAUUUAAAGGGACCUUUUCAUGUUCUGGUAAAUUGACAAAAUUAAACAAAAAUGUGUCGGAUUCACACAUUUUCGUUAUAGUUAUGAUAUUAAUAAGGAAACAGUAUUACUGUAUAUUUACCAUGCUCAAAAAUAUAAAUUAUAUGCAUCUUUUGACGAUUCAACGCCUGGAAAAGUGUUGCACCGUGAAAUGAUUGAAUAAUUUGGAGAGUUU